GUGCGUUUGAAAACUUCACCCGGGUGCUUCUCCUCUCUCUUUAUCUCACUUUUGUAUCUUUCUCACUCCAAUACAGCGAGUGCACCCGGAUAGAAUUUUCGAACGCACGCCUAGAGGUUCUCUAAUUCAUACACAAGGAAAUCAACCAAUUGUGUUGAAAUAAGUUGUGGAACUGGGCCUUAAAGUUGUAGCACGUGUAACACUUGGCUGAGAGGAUUUUAAACUCUGAGAGAUAAUAAUUUUUUUACUUGUGAGAGAAUUCAGCUUCAGAAAUGCCGAAGUCAAAAAGAGACAAGAAAAUAUCUCUUACUAAUACCAGUAAAAAAGGUUUAGUUUUGAAGCAACGUAUUAUAGAAGAUGUUAAGAAAUGUGUGGAGGAUUACAAUCGUGUGUUUUUAAUCUCUAUUCAAAACACACGCAAUACUAAGCUACUAGACCUGCGUGCCGAAUGGAAAGACAGUAGACUUUUCUUUGGUAAAAUCAGAAUAAUUGCAUUAGGCUUGGGAAAAUCACCAGAGACUGAAGUUGCAGAUGGCAUCCAUAAAUUAGCUAAUGUAAUGAGGAAUCAUACAAUGAGAGGUCAAUGUGGUCUAUUAUUCACCAACAGAUCAAAAAAAGAUGUAAUAGAAUGGGCGAAUACUUAUGAAGAAUUAGAAUAUGCACGUGCUGGAUUUAUAGCACCUAAUUCAAUAGAAUUACCUGAGGGACCACUACCACAGUUUCAACAUAGUAUGGAGCCACAGUUGAGACAGUUGGGUAUGCCUACUGCAUUGCAAAAGGGAGUGAUUAAUUUAAUCAAGCCAUACAAAGUUUGUCAGAAAGAUGAUGUGCUAACAUCGGAACAGGCACAAAUUUUGAAAUUAUUAGAUAAACCACUAGCAGUUUUUAAAUUGCUACUACUGGGAGUAUAUACAAAAAAAAAUGGUUUUAAAAAACUCACAGUACCUGAAGAUACAAAAGAGAAUGAUGAAGAAGAAAUGGAUGUGGAGAAAGAUAAUGAUACAUGAAAUUUAUAUAUUGUAUAAAUAGUUUUAAGAAAUAAAAUAUAUUGAAAUGUA